CAGCCAGAGGACGAUUUCUUUUCUCUUCUGACGCGGACCUGAGUUCAAGUGCCGCUCGGCGGGAGCUGUGCGCUGGUGGGCUUUGCGCGCGGACCCCUUUGGUUUCCCUUCUCUGGAAUCGCCCGGAGGGAUCGCGCUCACUCUGGUUUCGGACGCGACGCUACCCGGGGCCGUCCAAAGUGUAGUUCGCCCGCAGAGGCCCCAGUGCCCGGAUGUCCAUCAGGAUUAGCGUGAGCCAAUACGGUCGGAGCCGGAGGCUGCGCUGAGGACGCCCGGGCUCGGGAGCAGGUAGUCCCGUAACAUCGGGGAGUCGCGCUGGGGAAGCGUCCCCGCCCGGCCCCGGCAAAUGGUGAGCGCGGCGCUGGCACAAGGGCCGCGGGUUGAAGGCGCUCAUGGACAGGAGACCUUGAGCUCUAUAAACUGAAUGAUGGCAGCCCAGUCAAGCAGCUUGUACAAUGAAGACAGAAACCUGCUUCGAAUUAAAGAGAAGGAAAGACGCAACCAGGAAGCUCAUCAAGAGAAAGAGACAUUUUCUGAAAAGGUCCCGCUCUUUGGCGAGCCCUACAAGACAGAUAAAGGUGAUGAGCUAUCCAGUCGAUUACAGAACAUGUUGGGAAACUAUGAAGAAGUGAAGGAGUUCCUUAGUUCCAAGUCCCACCCUCAGCGCUUGGAUGCUUCCGAAAAUAGGUUGGCAAAGCCGAGAUAUCCUUUAUUUCCUGAGAAGGGGAGCAGCAUUCCAUCCCACUCCUUCCACUCUAGUGUCCACCACCAGCCUGUUAACACUCCUGCCUCCGGACCACUUCCUGUUGGUAACCCAAAGAUGGCGCAGCCAAGAAUGGAACCAAUGCCGAGUCUCCAUGUCAAAAGCUACGGCCCACCGGAUGGCCAGCACCUGACUCAGGAGCGCCUUGGUCAGGAGGGGUACGGCUCUGGUCAUCCCAAAAAAGGUGACCGCAGGGCUGACGGAGACCACUGUGCUUCCAUGACAGACUCCGCUCCAGAGAGGGCGCUUUCUCCUUUGUUCUCCUCUCUGCCUUCCCCAGUGCCCCCCUUGUCACCUGUACAUUCCAACCAGCAGACUCUUCCCAGGACGCAAGGAAGCAACAAGGUUCACAGCAGUAGCAGUAACAAUAAAGGCUACUGCCCGGCCAAAUCUCCCAAGGACCCGGUGGGAAAGGGCCAUGAUAAAGAGACCCCACAAGACAGUUCAGUGGCGGUUGCCAGCCUUGGGGUAGCCCCUCCCCAGCCACCUUCUCAGACUUUCCCCCCACCCCCACUCCCCUCAAAAAGCGUUGCAAUGCAGCAGAAGCCCACGGCUUAUGUCCGGCCCAUGGAUGGUCAAGAUCAGGCUCCUAGUGAGUCUCCUGAACUGAAACCACUGCCAGAGGACUACCGGCCACAGACCUUUGAAAAGACAGACUUAAAAGUGCCUGCCAAAGCCAAGCUCACUAAGCUGAAAAUGCCUUCUCAGUCCGUCGAGCAGACCUACUCCAGUGAAGUCCACUGCGUUGAAGAGAUUCUGAAGGAAAUGACCCAUUCAUGGCCUCCUCCUCUGACAGCAAUACACACGCCUAGUACAGCUGAGCCCUCCAAAUUUCCUUUUCCCACAAAGGAUUCUCAGCAUAUCAAUUCUGCAACCCAAAACCAAAAACAGUAUGAUACAUCUUCAAAAACCCACAGUAAUUCUCAGCAGGGAACAUCCAUGCUCAAAGAUGACCUUCAGCUCAGUGACAGUGAGGACAGUGACAGCGAUCAAACCCCAGAGAAGCCUUCUUCCACAUCUGCACCUCCAAGCGCUCCACAGUCGCUUCCAGAAGCAGCGGCCUCAGCACAUUCCAGCAGCGCCGAGUCAGAGAGCACCAGUGACUCAGACAGCUCCUCGGACUCGGAGAGCGAGAGCAGCUCAAGUGACAGCGAGGAGAACGAGCCCCGAGAAGCCCCGGCUCCCGAGCCUGAGCCUCCAACAGUAAACAAAUGGCAGCUAGACAACUGGCUGACCAAAGUCAGCCAGCCUGCGGUGCCCCCCGAGGUUCCGGGCAGCGCCGAGCCCCCGGCCCGGCACCCGGAUGGUAAGGCCAAGGGCGGCGACGGUGCCACCGCGGGCCACGAGCGCUCGGAAUCCAAAGAGCCUCCCCCCAGAAGCUCCAGCAAAGCCCCCCGGCCCCCGUCGUCGGAAGGCCCCCACGCAGGCAAGAGGAGCUGUCAGAAGUCCCCCGCCCAACAGGAGCCCCCGCAGAGGCAGACCGUGGGAACCAAAAAAGCGGUCAAGGCCUCCGCUCCGGCGGGCACGCGUGCCUGCCUGCAGGUGGAGGGCGAGCCCGGACUUCCUCCCCACGGCGCCAAAGACCAGCCUUCCAAAGACAAGCCCAAGGUGAAGACGAAAGGGCGGCCCCGCGCCGGAGAGAGCCGCGAGCCCAAGCCGGCGGUGCCCGCCCCGAGCGAGCGGAAGAAGCACCGGAGCGGCCUCCCGGGCCCCCCGAAGGCGCCCGCGAAGGACGGUGCGGAGGACAGGAGCCCCGAGCACUUUGCCCUCGUCCCCGUGACGCAGAGCCAGGGCCCCGCCCGCGGCGCCGGCGCCAGGACUAGUGGCUGCCGCCUGGCCGUGGUCGUGCAGGAGGACCGCCGCAAGGACAAACCCCUGGUGCCUUUGAGAGACCCCAAGCAGCUCUCCCCGCUCAGGGACCCUCCGCCCCCGCAAAGCUUGAUGGUGAAGAUCACCCUCGACCUCCUCUCUCGGAUACCCCAGCCCCCUGGGAAGGUCGGCCGCCAGAAGAAACCGGAGUACAAACCGCCGUCUGCAGGGAAGAAACUGGAUUCUGAGAAGAAAGGCUCAGACAAUCCGAGCAAAUUGGCCAAGAAGAGAAAGGGUGAAGCAGAAAGAGACCACGAUAGCAAGAAAGUCAAACUGGAGAAGGACGUCAAAUCACAGUCAUCGUCUUCAUCCUCCCACAAAGAUUCUUCUAAAUCAAAAACUCCAAGGCCCUCCUCUGAGCCCUCAAAGAAGGAAAUGCUUCCCCCUUCACUCGUGUCGUCCUCGUCCUCAUCCUCGUCUUCCCAGAAGCCAGCCAAGUCUGCCCCAAAGAGGCCACGGCAGGAAGCAGACUCCUGUGGGCAGGACGCUCCCAAAAGUGCCAGUAGUACCAAGGGCAACCACAAAGACACUUCUGUUUCCAAGCACAGAAAAGCAGAGGGGAAGGGCUCUGGAAGCUCUGCAGAGCACAGAGGAUCUUCUGGAGAUACUGCAAAUCGUUUUCCAGUGCCUUCUUUGCCAAAUGGUAACUCCAAACCAGGGAAGCCUCACAUGAAGCCUGACAAACAACAGGCAGAUUUUCACAUGAAGGAGGCCAAGAGGUUGAAGGACAAAGCAGAAUUAAUGACGGACAAGGUUGGGAAGGCGUUUAAGUACCUGGAAGCCGCCUUGUCCUUCAUUGAGUGUGGGAUCGCCAUGGAGUUGGAGGGCCCAGCGUCCAGGUCAGCUUAUUCCAUCUACUCCGAAACCGUAGACCUCAUUAAGUUCAUAAUGUCAUUAAAAUCCUUCUCAGAUGCCACAACACCAACACAAGAGAAAAUAUUUGCUGUUUUAUGCAUGCGUUGCCAGUCCAUUUUGAACAUGGCCAUGUUCCGUUGUAAAAAAGAUACAGCAAUAAAGUAUUCCCGCACUCUCAACGAACACUUCGUCAAGACUUCCUCCAAAGUCACUCAGGCACCUUCGCCAUGUGUUGCAAGAAGCACAGGCACGCCAUCCCCCCUCUCUCCAAUGCCUUCUCCAGCUGGCUGCGGAGGCUCCCAGCCCAGCGCUGGCAGCGCGGGGAGCAGUGGGCUGCCUCCCGCCAUCAGUACCCCCGUCUCCAUCCAGAACAUGACCUCCUCCUACGUCACCAUCACUUCCCACGUCCUUACUGCCUUUGACCUUUGGGAACAGGCUGAGGUCCUCACGCAGAAGAAUAAAGAAUUCUUUGCUCAGCUCAGCACAAGUGUGUGCACCCUGGCCCUUAACAGCAGUUUGAUGGAUCUGGUGCACUACACAAGACAGGGUUUUCAGCGGCUAAAACAAGUAACCAAAACACCUUAACGGAGGCCCAGGUUGAUCUGAUGUCUUGGGAACUUUUUUGCACAUUGGAAGCCUCAAGACAUCCAGACAUCUGUCUCAGCAGGACACCAGACUCAAGAAGAGAAGCACCAUGAGUUGGCCAGGACAUUUGUUCACUGAAACUCUCAAGAACUGUGGAAUCAUUGGUUGGACACGAUGGUUAUGCAGAAGCAGAGAAGAGGAAGCUGGCCCCAGAGAUGAUCUUGCCUUUCCUAACUAAAGGACAGAAGUGCAAUGUUGCCUUUGUGGGUGUAUGAGUGGUCUAGAAACAUUUCCUUACUUUUUUAACCAGCAGGAUGCAAAUGGAAUGAGGAGAAGCAAUUUCAACUCUGAAAGCAAAUUCACAUCAUCUCAGUAGCCACAUUAGUUCGUUCCCAGAAGGAAGUUUCUUUAACAGUGAAUUUUGGUGUAGGGUUUUGUGGAUGUUUUCUUUUUGCUUUUAAAUUAUAGGGGAAAUAUUUGUUUAAUAAAUUCUAGGGGUCAUCUAUGAAACGUGAGUUGUGAAGGACUCCACUGUACCCCACUUUCCACCAGUGAACAGUAGUGGCCUUGAUAAUACCAAGUAUUGUCAUAGUUUAUACAAUUGAAGGCAUCCGCCCCAUGGCCUGGAGUACUGCACAUUCACCCCAGCUCUGGUUUCUCCCAUUACUGGGUCAGAAGCCAGCCCACAUCGGAGUGGCAGAGAGAGAAGCUCCAGCACCCCGGGGAGCCAUCUCGAGGUCCCCAUGUAAGACGGAGGACGUGGUGCCGCCAUUCCCACCCCCUGCUUCAGCGAAGGGCAGUCCAUCACAUUGACUAUAUUCUGAAUUUUCUACGUUGGGGAAGAAGGGAACCAACAUUUGUCCAUGACAAGAUGGCUGAAGUGCUUUUUGAUUUUUGUGUAAGUGGCUCUGGAAUUUGAGGUGCUGAUCUGUGGGCUGCAGUUAUGUGGUAACUCGUGUUGUCUCACCAACUCAGAGUUUUGUCAGCGAACAAAGAAAAAUGAAAUCUUCUUAGAGAGGCUAUAUUUUUCUGCUACGAAUUAUUUUAUAUUUAUAGCAAAACUAGACUUUGAGAGCCCUUGAUUGUCUAGGAGAAACUAACUCCCUGCGAGGCUGUGGCAAUUUGGGGUGGUUAAUUAGACUUUAAAAAAAAAUUGUCACCGCAUGCCUUCACUCCAGAGUGUUCUCAGUCAACUAGGUUUGAUUAGAUUGAAGAGAAACUGUGGCCUUCCCGUAAGUUGCUAUUGCCAGGUUCUGUGCAUUAACCCAAGUUUAUUCUGAAUGACCUAAAAUGGAAAAAAAAAAUUCCCACAUAUUCAUAAGCACAGAUUUUUUUCAUUGAAACUUGGAGGGUUAUUAUUGGAAGCAUUAUUUUGAGUGCAGUGUUUUUAGAAGCCAGUUCUUUUUAUCCCUGUUAGAAGUAGAAUUUGCACAUGUAUUAACAAUUGAGGAGUGAGUGUUAUUGCUACAGCUCGUUUACUUUUCUCCCUUCAUCCCGUCCUGCUCCUCUGCACGUUGUUGCGCACCAAGCAUGCUUGACACUGUCAUAUUUAUUUAUUAGUGAAGAAGGGAGCACCAUCUUUAUUUAUAGUGAAGAGGUCUAAGGUCCAUACGAUGAAUGUAAGAACUGUCUUGAUAACUUGGUAACUAUAUAAAAGGGAUGUGUAGAGGAUGGGAGUGAUGCUUAUUUUUCACAAUAUGAAUUGUUUGUGUGAAGCUGUUCCCUCAGUGUCUUACAUUAUCCAGCCUGUUCUCUGGUUCUCACUAGCUAGGACAGAGGUCUGUUAGCCUCAUAUUUAGGUUAAAGCCGGAGAGUUACAGCAAUUGCAAUAUCGGAGCAUAAGAACUUGAUGUGUGAUCUUGAUGGGCUGAUUUCUUUGAUGGAUGUUCUAAAGCAAAACCAUGGUCCUUUUUAAACGACUCGUCUAAAAAGGAACCUGUUGUUAACAGUAAUUGCUUGGUAGGUUGUAUGGUUAUGGCAUUGUGUGUCCGUCUCUUACCUGGAGACAAGACACCAGGAUCAGGCUUAUGUGGUUACUUAACAUCUUUUUUCCUCCUAAUCCCUUGGCCCUUCCGUCCCCCUCCACCCCAUCAGUCCCCAGUACAAGCCACCAGUCAGUCUGGAAGGGUGCGUUCUUGAGCACAGGUUCUGGUCUGUGCAGACCGUGCCGAGUGUGUGUGUCCUGUCGGGAGCCACAGAGCCCCCUUUGACUGAAGACAUUUCCAAGUCAAUUUCUCAGCCGUGUCUAAAAGAAGUGGUUCCUUUUUCAGUGGCCUUAUUCUUUGUGCGUUUUCCUCCCCCUGAUAUUUAUAUUGAAAUUUUAUUUGUCCCUUGAAAAACUAAUGAAUUUGCAGAGAUCAGUUUGUACUAUUUUGAUCAUGGAAUAUUUCUGAUCCUUAACUGCAACAUGCAUCGUACCUAAAAGAAAUCUUAAUGGCUACUUUUUAAAUAGAGUAUGUAAGAGGUAGUGGCUGAUGAAUCCUUAAUGUCCCUAAGGUCUUUUUGCUGUUACAGUUUAUAUAGAAAUCUAAAGGGUUUUUAAGUCAUUUGCACUUUUCCACUGCAUGCUUAAAUCCCCAAAGGCAAAUUUUGUACUGAGGUAGAUAAUUGAAAGGAUUAGAUUAUAAAAUUAAGCUUUUCAAUGUGUGAAGUUCUUAAAACAACCAUAGUAGUACACACUUCACAGUGAGACACAUACAAAAAACAUCUUGAGUGUAAAUUGAGUGUAAAAGUCUUGCCUUUGGCACUACAGUUUCUAGUGUGUGUGUGUCUGUCUUUAUUAGGGAAUGGAUAAAUACUGUUUUACUUUUUAAAAUGUUGAAUGUUUCUGUCCUUGAAGAUAAUUAAAAUGUGAAUCACUGAACAUAAGAUUUUAGCCAGACUAAGGGCCCUGCUAAACAGUGAAAAAUACUUUACUGCAAUUUACCAGAUGACACUGGGUUACGAAUGUGAAAACAUCAGCCAGGUGCUAGGUGUGGUGAGGAGUGGCAGAGUCCAGCCGGCGUAUUACCAGGGCUGGAACGGGACUUACCUGAUGUUGUGAUUUAACUACCAGACUGAGUGGGGAAAGUGCCUGAUUUUUUUUUUUUUUUUUUUUGGAACAAAAGGACCUUUAUUUUAUAAUCUGUUUUGACAAAAAUGUUUAGUUAUUUCCCCUAGACAGAUUGGACCACACUUUUCUCCCUUGUUUUAUAUCCUUAAAUGCCCAUUCUCAGGAUGUUUAGAAGCUGACAAACUACCCUUUUCUGGCUGAAAACUUUCCUUAAUUGGUACCUUAAAUAUUAAUGUUAGUAGGAUCAGGAUCUUACUAUUUUUUUUAAUGAUUCUUCAAUAAUUUUUAGAAACAAAAAGAACCAUUGUGCCCUCCCAAAUGGACAAAACUUUUAUCUCUAUAUAAAAGGAAAUAUGUGUGUUUGAAAACACACACACACACACACACACACACACACACACACACACACACACACACACACACACACACACACACACACACACACACACACACACACACACACAAAGAGGCUAGCUGAAUUGGAUAUAUUUAUUGUGCCUUUGUUGACCAAACCUAAUUUUGGAAUAAUGCUGUAUUUAUUUUGCCAUGGUGAGGUGGAUCUUGCACCUUUUUCUCUUCUGCUUCAUGAAGUUUGAGGUGUAUUUGUGCAUCUUAAGGUAAGUGAAUCAAAUAAGCCUUGUUUUCCUACACCUCCCACCACAGGUUCUCCUUUUUUCUUAAGGAUUUAUAUUCCCAGACACUACACAAAAUCUGUGAAAAACUGAACCACUUCAUGUAUUAAAUACUGAUUAGCAGUAUUUCAAUCUUGCAAGAAUAUUUGACCUUUUAGAAACACAGGUGUAGAGAUUUGCUCAUCGUGGUCAGGGUUAUAGCGGUACUUGCUCCCUUCUCUUUCUCUAGCGGGUUGCCUCUUUUGUUUUUUUAUCCUAUUUAGAAUUUAUGGAUGUGAGUUUUUCCCCUGUGCUUUAUCUUUUGUCAUUUUGUUUGUGGGAGGUGGAGUGGCAGCAGAGUAACAUGGUGUUGGGGGAUUUUCCUUCAAACAUUGCAAGUGGUAUUUCUACCAAAUAAACCUCAAACAUCCAGUCCAGUUGUGCUAAUCACCAAGAAUCUGAGAAUGAAUUGUGACCACUGGCCAUGUUCUUUAGUUCUUAUUUAUGAGGAGUUGACAAGCACCAUCUACCACCUUUCUUAAGGUGGCUGUAAAUUUCCUGUUGUCCUGGGGAAAGUCACACUGUAUUGUGCUCCAUGAUGUGUCGGAUGUUGACAGGUACUGUGAUGGGUAGAGAAGUGCCUAUAUGUAUUUCUCUCCCCAAGAGGACGGGAGGGAGACUUACAGCUCCCUGUGAGCCCGGAUAGUACUACACCGGCCUGAAGGACAAGGGAAUAAGACCACUGACAGCGAGGCUGACCAGGCUGCACUGGUCAGACCGGGCAGUGGCUGACCUAAGGAAGGUAACUUGCUUUGCUUAAAAGUAGAUGUUUAAGCGAUGCUUAAAACAGGCAGUAUUAACUUUUGUUAAUUAACUUCUGUUAAUUUUCAGGCCAUCAACAUGUAUGGUUAAAAUUACUGCACACCCCCCUCAGAUAGCAAGUAUACACUGUUCAUGUUGGUGUGUGUGUGUUUAUACACGAUAGUCCCAAAUCUUGUUUUGAUUUUUUUUCUGAAUGUGAUCAUGUUUUGGAUGAUACCUGAGCAGGGUUACCUUUUUUAUUUAUUACCAUUAUAUAUUAUAUUAUAUAUUUUUUUUGCUUUCUUAUAACUUUAGAGGAAAGUCAAAUCUUGGUAUUAUUGAAAUUGUUUAAAAAAUAAAUUGUCCAGUUGAUAAAUGAAGAUCACUGGUCUAUGUCUAAAAUAAUAUGAAUUUUUCUUUAAUUAUUGUGAAAUAACGUGCCCGCUGUCUAGUCCACACCGUGAUUUUGUAUGUAGGAUAGGAAAGCAGCGAUGCUCUCAGUGGGAAGAUGUGCAGCACAGGUGAGGGGACUCCAUGUGUGUUACCUACUUCAUCUGGAACUGCAACUUGGGGCUUCUGUGAAUAAAAUCUAGCUGCCUUGUGUAGUCCUUUGAAAGACAUACGUGAUCUGUGAGAAUUACAGGUUUUCUUUUUUUUAGAAGAAAAAUUUGCAAAAGAUCUUUCCAAAGAUAAUGUGCCACAGAUCUUUUGUUUGUUGUUCUCUGUAAUGAGGAUUAAUUACUGUUUAAAAAAACAUGUAAUUGACUUGUUCGUCUUCAAAUUCUUUACUUUUGACAAGAGGAUCGAGCUGUAAAAAAAAAUAAAUAAAAAUUUAGAGAAAUCA